ACCGUGCCGUCCCCCAUGUCACUGCUCACACUGCUGCCUGCUGUCAGCCAGACACACCACCGGGGACCACACGAUAAAAAUCUGGAUAACGCCGCAGAAGCAGCUGAACAAUUUAAAUUAAUCCAAGCAGCAUAUGACGUGUUGAGUGACCCUCAGGAAAGAGCAUGGUAUGAUAAUCAUAGAGAGGCUCUGCUCAAAGGUGGGCUUGAUGGGGAAUAUCAGGAUGACAGCUUAGACUUGCUUCACUUCUUCACCGUCACCUGCUACUCUGGCUAUGGAGAUGAUGAGAAGGGCUUUUACGCGGUGUAUCGGAAUGUGUUUGAAAUGAUUGCGAAGGAAGAGCUGGAAUCGGUGCUGGAGGAGGAUGCGGAGGACUUCCCGACCUUCGGGGACUCCCAGAGCGACUAUGACACGGUAGUCCACCCUUUCUACGCUUACUGGCAGAGCUUCUGCACGCAGAAGAACUUUGCUUGGAAAGAGGAAUAUGAUACCCGACAAGCUUCCAACCGCUGGGAGAAACGCGCCAUGGAGAAAGAAAACAAGAAGACUCGAGAUAAGGCGAGGAAGGAGAAGAACGAGCUCGUCCGUCAGCUGGUGGCUUUCAUUCGCAAGAGAGACAAGAGGGUGCAGGCGCAUCGCCGGCUGGUGGAGGAGCAGAACGCCGAGAAGGCCCGCAAAGCUGAGGAGAUGCGGCGGCAGCAGAAGCUGAAGCAGGCCAAACUGGCCGAGCAGUACAAGGAGCAGAGCUGGAUGGCGCUGGCCGACCUGGAGAAGGAGCUCCGGGAGAUGGAGGCGCGGUACGAGAAGGAGUUCGGAGACGGCUCAGAGGAAGACGAGGGGGAGGAGCACGAGCUCAGAGACGGACAGGAUGGGAAGGACAGCGACGAGGCCGAUGGCGUGGAGCUUUAUGAGGGACUGUACUGCCCAGCGUGUGACAAAUCUUUCAAGACGGAAAAGGCGCUUUCUAAAAAACAGAAGAAAAAGAAACAGAAACCAGCACAGAAUUAUGAUGAUAAUUGCAAUGAAAAUGGAAUAGGAGAAGGAGUGAAAGUUGAUCCAGAAGAUACCAACUUAAAUCAAGACAGUGCCAAAGAAUUAGAAGGUGGUCCCCAAGAGAGUGUCAGGGUCCCAGAGGCUGGUCAGCUGUGUGAGGACCCGAAAAGUGAAGCGAGAAGUGUCCCUAAACCCAGAGGAAAGAAAGCCAAAGAUACGAAGAAAUCUGUCAGAGUGCCUGCCGAGCCUCAGACCCUGAGUGACGUUCUGAUCAGCUGUACCACCUGCCACAGCAAGUUUCCAUCCCGGAAUAAACUAUUUGACCAUCUAAAGGCCACGGGGCAUGCAAGAGCGCCCUCGUCGUCUUCUUUAAAUGGUGUAACAAGUAGUCGAAGCAAGAAAGACAAACGCAAAAACAGAUAGACAUUCUGCCAACGCCUUUUCUUUCUGAUUGUCUCUAGAUUUUGAAACCAAAAACUGAACUGAAAUCAUCUAAAGAGUUAAAGUUUCAGUGAUCUGCAAUUUAUUGCAUUGUGGAAGAUUAUUUUUUAUCUUGUAAAAACAUUUUUCUGUUUAAUAUAUAUAUUUUUAAACAUUUCAUUAGUGAUUGAAUUCUACUUUGCCAUCUGAACGGACUUGAAUAUCUCAAAACAGGUAAAUAUUGUAAAGUGCGUAUUCUUGGUUUCUGCUGGCUCGUGGACAGAAUGUACAGGGAGAAUUAAAUUAUUUUAACACAUACAAA